CGGGCGGGCCGGAGAGGGGUGUGCCGGACCACCCCACCCCACCCCUCCCCACGCCCCGGUCCGCUGUCCAUCUGCCGUCUCCGGCCGCUCCCCACGACCGGCACGCGCGGCCGGCGGCGCGGGGCGCGGCGGCGGCAGUUGCGGUCCGGCCGUCGAGCAGAGAGGAGCGAUGUCGUCCGCGGCGCUCCGGUGGUUGUGCGUGGCGGUGCUGGUGGCGGCGGUCAGCGGCGCCGCGGCCGACCCACAGCUGCGACAGCUGGUCAAGAUGCUGGCUACGCGGCUGGACACUCUGGAGCGGGACCGAGCUGAGGAUCGUGAGAGGGUGGCCCGCCUGGAGGGGCGGCUGACCACUGACCCAGGCCGGGUCACUGAGGGCGUGGCUAGGAUGCGUGCGGAGCUGCGUCAGCUCUCUGACCACAUCCGAACGCAGGCCACCGUCACUGAGAGCCUGCAGGAGAUGAGGUCCGAGAUAGACGGCAUCAGUGACGAGAUCCGUCGACUGAAGGAGGCCACCGAGAGCUCAGCGGCUCGUGCCGCGCACAGCUCGGACGCCGACAGCUCGCAGCAGACGGUCAUCAGCUGGUUGAAGGACAUGGUGACCAUGCUGAAGGGACAGGUGGCCGACCUGGCCGAGGGCUUCAACGUCACCCAGCUGCUGCAGCUACAGCAGAGUGCCGCGUCGCGCGCGACACUGCUGGAGACCGACGUCCGCUCGCUGGAGGAUUCCGUGCAGACGCUGAGGGCCCACCGACGCGCCGACGGCACCCAACUGGGCCAGCUGAAGACGGACCUGACCGAGCUGCUGGCCAAGGCGCAGGACAGGGAGAACACCUACGCCCAUCUGAUGGACGAGGUCUCAACUCUCCGUAAGGAGCUGCUGUUCGCCCCGGCCCAUAACACAACCGAGCCGACCGACGAGCCUGCUACCUGGCGGCCGCACCACUCGCGGCGGCGCCACCAUCGCCGCCACAGAGGGCACUCGGGUCGCGGCCCGUUCCAGCUGCGCGCCGUGGAGCAGAUCCUGGACGUGGUGUACCGACGACAGCAGGAGCUCGACUCGGAGCUGCAGGCGGCGCGCCGGAAUGUCAGCACCCUGCAGCAGUGGCGGACGGCGGCUGAGCAGCGCCAGGAGGAGCUGCUGGAGCGGACGGAGCGCGCCGACCGAGAGAGGCAGCAGCUGCAGUGGCAGCUGAACGUCACCUCCUGUCGGGACAGCGUGCGCGAGGUGCAGCAGUCGACCACUCGGCUGAUCCAGGAGGUGGAGCAGCUGGAGACCAAGGUGGAUGGACAGCUGGUGGAGGUUCGCCGUGACCUGGCGCAGCUCCAGGUCGGCUACGGCACCCUCCAGACGGCCGUGCGAGCCGUGGGCGACGAACAGAAACAGCUGCCGGCACUGAGCAGACAGAUGAAGCAGAAGAUGGCCGAGCUCUCUGAGCGUCAGGAUUUGGACCGCACCAGCCUACUGGAGCUACAGACUGACCUCCUGACGCUGGCCCUGGACCGACCAAGCAGUGACGGGCAGCACAAGGUGGCCAGAUGAGGCUGCCGUCGCCUCCGGGACGGGGAAAAGAGCGUGCUCUGCUAGUCAACGCGUCAAAUCGUGUGAUCCUGUACAUAGAUGGACUGAGCCGAUCGGCUUGACGGCGCGGUGGAUAGCUGCGAGUCGCACAGACAAAGGACAUGUCUGUUCGACCUUACGUGGGGUUGUGUCGGUUUACCAACAUACGAUAGACUGUCCGUCAGGGCUGACCGUGGGUGGGUAGAGCCGGCUCGAAUGACUCGCGAAUUACGGCAGACCGUUCGCCUGUCCGGUCGUGCGUGGGGUAGGGUCGGGCCUCGGCUCAUGGCACUAGGACCCACCGUCCGUCUGUCUGUCCGUCAGCCCGUUGGACAGCGUCGGUUCACAACUUGCCACAGUCGGGCAGACCGUGUGUCAAGUGUCUGUCCUGCUGACCUUGUGUGGGUUAGGUGUCGGCUCACGGCAGACUCACGGCAACCUGCACCGCGCGGCGGGUCGUAUGCCUGCCCCGACUGUGUGCCCUCGGCUGUGUGUCCACUCUCAGUAGAUCUCGGCUAAAUGUGUGAGGGUGGGGAACGCGGUGGUCUAGCUGUUCACCCACGAGCUUUGUGUAAAGACAGCCUCUGCGCUGGAGGGCUGCUACAGCCGUGAACGCGAUCGUUUACCCGAGAAGCCACUGUAAUGGCGACUGAAGUGUUUGUACAGUGUAUCUGAAUAAGUCAUCGCUCUUCCGAACACUUAGCUAGCAAGCUUUUCAGAGACUAAAUAGUAAGACUCGUCGAACGCUAUUGUGGAUACAUUUUAUCAUAUAUGCUGCAAAAAAAAAAUUUCCGAGCCAAACCUCGAAUCUUCAUAGAAUCAAGCGCGUAGGUGAGUGCUGUACUUACUAUAUAGCCUGAGAUUGAUGUCGAAACAUUUGCCAACUGGGGUUGUGAAUUAAAAAACAACGAAUCGUUUGGGAAAUUGUCAUGCCAUAAUGUUGUGUGACUGCGUGUGUGUUUAUACAUCGAAGAGUGAAAAGUGAAGACAAUACAUUUUGUAGAAUACAGAUA